AUGCAUGGUUUAUUGUUAGAGAAGUCUCUACUCCCAGUGUCUGAGACUCUCAGGUGGAGCACUAGAUCCAUCUGCACUGGAGAUGACAACAUCAUAUUGAACCCCGCAUUGGAGGAUGGCUUUAAUAAUUGGUCUGGAAGAGGCUGCAAGAUUCUUUUGCAUGACUCUAUAGGAAAUGGAAAAAUCAUUCCAAUGACUGGAAAGUUCUUUGCUUCCGCAACAGAACGCUCACCGAGCUGGAAUGGGAUUCAGCAAGAGAUAAUUGGAAGAGUUAAUGCUGCAGUGCGAAUAUUUGGUAACAACGUCACCAAUGCUGAUGUAAGGGCUACGUUAUGGGUUCAGGCAUCAGAUCUCCGCGAACAGUACAUUGGCAUUGCCAAUGUUUGCAACACUACCCACCACACUCUAGAAUACUGCUAUGCAGAAACAGACAAAGACUGGGUACAGAUGUAUGGAAAAUUUCUUAUAAAUGGUUCUCCAUCAAGGGUAGUAGUUUAUUUAGAAGGUCCACCUCCAGGCACUGACAUUCUCCUUGAUAGUCUAGUGUUGAAGCACGCAAAGAAAAUCCUUCCUUCACCUCCUCCAGUUAUUGAGAACUCAAACAAGGAUGUAAUCAGUUCAAGCAACAGUAUUGCUGGCAAUAUAAUACUGAAUCAUGACUUCUCUGGUGCCGAGUCUGGUCACCUUGGAGCAUUAUUGGCAAAGUCAGGCAGUCAUUAUGCUGUUAUUACAAAUUGCAAGGAGCUUUGGCAAGGCUUGGAACAAGAUAUCACAAGCAGAAUUUCACCAGGUUCCACCUAUACAGUUUCUGCUCGUGUCGCGGAGUAUCAGGGUCUCUUCAGGGCUUUGCCAAUGACAUCCGUUUCAAAAGACCAGUGGCAGACGUUGGAAGGUGAGUUUUCAUUGUCAACUAUGCCUGACUGUGUUGUAUUUUAUUUGGAAGGGCCUUCUCCUGGAGUUGACCUACUCAUAGAAUCAGUAGUGGUAACCUGUUCCAGUGAACCCAUUAGUCGGAGCACUAGAUCCAUCUGCACUGGAGAUGACAACAUCAUAUUGAACCCAGCAUUUGAGGAUGGCCUUAAUAAUUGGUCUGGAAGAGGCUGCAAGAUUCUUUUGCAUGACUCUAUGGGAAAUGGAAAAAUCAUUCCAAUGUUUGCUUCCGCAACACAACGCUCACGGAGCUGGAAUGGGAUUCAGCAAGAGAUAACUGGAAGAGUGCAGCGAAAGCUUGCAUAUGAGGUUAAUGCUGCAGUGCGAAUAUUUGGUAACAACGUCACCAAUGCUGAUGUAAGGGCUACGUUAUGGGUUUAG